UUCGUUUUGUUUUCCACGGGAGAAUUGUUAAUAAGUGACGUGGCGCCAUAUUUUAUCGGAUAGAUUUAAGUUCACCGUCAUCUUUAAAGCGAUUGCACGCGGUACCGACUGGAGAGGAACCAAAGCCCUUUCUGUGUAAACCAAAGCAUAAAAGGAGAGCCAUGGCCGAAACAUGGCAAGCAGGUGAUAACAUGGCCUUGGAAUCGGAACCGAAAACGGUAGAAGAUGACUAUCAAGAAAACGGAGUACAGGGGCAAGACUGUGAUGCACCUUCACAUCACCCUUCUGCACCACCGGACGAGUUAUUUGACAUUGCGACAACAGUUGAUCCUAGUUACAUAAUCUCUUUGAUACGGAAACUUAUUCCCUCUCAUGUGAGGAGUACUGACAGUUCUCAUGGGUCAAAUGUGAGUCACUUGGAAGAAAGCACGUGUCUUCCAUCGGACAAUAAGUCAAAUGAUAAUGCUGAGAGCAUGGAAAUUGUUUAUGAUUUAACCAAAUCUGCUCAUCAAGGAGGAGGAGAUGAAGAUUUGGGUGACGAAUUUAAUCGUUCUGCUAUAUCAGCUGGAGAAGAAGUUUGGGAAGAGUGUGGUUGCAUUUUGUGGGAUCUUGCUGCAAGUAGAGCUAAUGCCGAACUCAUGGUGCAAAACCUUGUUCUUGAAGUGCUUUUGGCAAACCUUAUGGUUGCCCAAUCAAUUCGUAUCACGGAGAUUUGCCUUGGGAUUAUUGGAAAUCUAGCCUGCCAUGAAGUUCCGAUGAAGCAUAUAGUCUCUAAAAGUGAAUUGGUGGAGACGGUCUUAAAUAAAUUUUUUUUAGAUGAUACCCAAUGCCUUUGUGAAGUUUUCCGGUUGUUGACUUGGGGUCUUCAAGGUGGUGAAUGUAUUACUUGGGCCAAUGCACUGCAGUCUGAACAUAUUUUAUCUCGAAUCCUAUGGGUUGCAGAAAAUACCUUAAAUCCACAGCUUAUAGAAAAGAGCAUUGGACUAUUGCUGGCCAUCCUUGAAAGUCAACAAGAAGUUAUGCGGAUUCUUCUUCCACCUUUGAUGAAGCUGGGUUUUCCAAGUCUAUUGAUAUGUCUCUUUACUUUUGAGAUGGGCAAGUUAUCAGAUGAAAGAGCACCCGAAAGGUACUCUGCCCUUGAUGUAAUCCUUCGUGCAAUUGAAGCUCUUUCUGUUGUAGACGGACAUUCCCAUGAAAUAUGCUCAAAAAAAGAGCUUUUCAAACUAAUUUGUGAGCUGCUCAAACUCCCUGAUAAAAUUGAGAUUGCCACCUCCUGUGUUACUGCUGCUGUCCUAAUCGCAAAUUUUCUGUCUGAUGUACCUGAUCUAGCUUUGGAGAUUUCACAGGAUUUGUGUUUCUUACAGGGUCUUAUUGAUAUCUUACCUCUUGCUUCGGAUGAUCUAGAAGCGCGAAGUGCACUUUGGAGCAUCAUUGCCAGGCUACUGGUUCUUACUCAGGAAAAUGAUAUGACCCUAUCUAGCCUACGACAAUUUGUUUCGGUUCUAUGUAGCAAAUGUGAACUGAUUGAAGAUGAUCUUCUUGAUCAUGAAUUAGAUGAUUCCAGCACAGAAUCUGAGAGCCAAACAAGUUUUAGCAUAAAAGAUAAUGCCAGAAAUAUAGCUCUUAGAAGAGUGGUUGAUAUUUUGAAUCGGUGGACUACUUCAACAGACUGUCUUGAGGAGAAUGAUGCGAUGGGAGAACAUCAUGCAGAUGCAAAUGUUGGUAAAUUGUUAGAGUGCUGUCAGAAACAUAUCAAAUCCAGCGAUUAAACUUCAAUCAGGUCGUCCAUGCAUCUUACGGGAAUUUCUCAAAUUUGAGUUUCAUAGUCUUGACACUUUGGGAAGAUUGAUCUGCGCCUGGUGCUUCCCAUUCUCAAAAUUCGGUGGCAGGUGGAGGUUGGAGUUAGAAAUUGGAUCUCAUCCUGUUAAAAUUUUGCAAGUUAUUCAGCUUUUGCAGAAUGCACCAGCUAUUAAAUUCAUAAUUAGUAAAACACAAUCAAGCGUAAGGUUACAGUAGCUUUGUGAAUGACAGUUGUAUUUGGGGAAGAUCAUGAAUGUAGUUGGUUGAUGUAAUGUUACUGUUACUGUUCAUGAAUGUAGUUGGUUGAUGUAAACAAAUAAAAAAUGCUUUCAUUUCAUUAA